UGAGCCCAGGGCCCCAUGGAGCUGCGGGUCGGCAACGCCAGCUGCGAGAACGGUUCCGUGAUCAGUCUCUACUGCUCCUCCCAAGAAGUCCUGUGUCAGAUCGUCGGUGGCCUCAGCCAUGAGGUGCCCAACAGUACCACCUUUGACAGCUGGCAGGAGAGGAUCAGGAAGAACUAUGGCUUCUACAUCGGCCUGGGCCUGGCCUUCGUGUCCAGCUUCCUCAUCGGCGGCAGCGUCAUCCUCAAGAAGAAAGGUCUCCUGCGACUUGUGGCCACAGGGGCCACUCGGGCUGUGGACGGAGGCUACGGCUACCUGAAGGACUCAAUGUGGUGGGCUGGAUUUCUCACCAUGGCUGCUGGAGAAGUUGCCAACUUUGGGGCUUAUGCAUUUGCACCUGCAACCGUUGUCACGCCGCUGGGAGCGCUGAGUGUCCUCAUCAGUGCCAUCCUCUCCUCGUAUUUCCUGGGAGAGCAUCUGAAUCUGCUGGGGAAGCUGGGCUGUGUGGUCUGCGUGGUUGGCAGCACGGUGAUGGUGAUACACGCCCCUGAGGAAGAGAAGAUCAAUACCGUGGUGGAGAUGGCUUCCAAGUUGAAAGACACAGGGUUCAUCGUGUUUGCUGUGCUUCUACUGGUGUCCUGCCUUAUCCUCAUCUUCAUUAUCGCCCCACGUUAUGGGCAAAGGAACAUCCUCAUCUACAUCACCAUCUGCUCGGUGAUCGGGGCCUUCUCGGUGACUGCAGUCAAGGGUCUGGGCAUCACCAUUAAGAACUUCUUCCAGGGGUUGCCAGUGGUGCGGCACCCUCUGCCCUACAUCCUGUCCCUCAUCCUGGCACUGUCCCUCAGCACUCAGGUCAACUUCCUCAACAGGGCGCUGGACGUUUUCAACACCUCCCUCGUGUUUCCUAUCUACUACGUGUUCUUCACCAUGGUGGUCGUUACCUCCUCUGUCAUCCUCUUCAAGGAGUGGUAUAGCAUGUCUGCCGUGGACAUCAUGGGCACCCUCUCCGGCUUUGCCACCAUCAUCUUGGGCGUGUUCAUGCUCCAUGCUUUCAAAGACUUGGAAGUCAGCUGGGCCAACUUGCCCCACACGCACAGAAACCCGACGCCAUCUCCCGCCCCAGAGCCCACUGUUAUUAGACUGGAAGAUAAGAAUGUCCUUGUGGACAAUAUAGAGCUUUCUAGCACUCCAUCACCAGUGGAGAAACCCAAAGUAUUUAUAAUCCGUUCUUAAAGCUCGGAAUACAUGCAGGUACAACCUGACCUCUUGAUUUCAAAGAGGGUUACUUUCAGCACAACUGUUGCCAAUGGACUGAUUUUUCUUGAGAUGUUAACUUAUACCUCAUCACUGUUUCUAGGAGAAAAAUCGCUACCCAAGGAGGGGUGGUGGCAGAAAUUCCUGGAAACAGCCUCAGUGACCAAAUAUCCUGUUUACGUUGGAGCCAGCAGGUCCCUUGGGCCUCCCUUCCCACUGGUUCCCUUGGUGCCAUCUCUGUGUUGGGAAGAAGAUGGAAUUUGACCUGUUGAAUGUAGCACAGUCUAAGAACUUUCCUGAGAUAUUAGUCAUCAGGAAAUCCUUUGCACCAAUUCCCCUUCUGAGACUGAAUCGCCAUUUCUUAGCCCAAGAAUGAAAUAGAGCUGGCUCCUGGAGGCCCUGAGACCAAUGUGUCAGCCUCCCAUCCAGAGGCUGACAACCAGUGUUGCUUUUGCCAUUUCCUCUUGGAGACAGAAGCAGGACUUCAGCUGACCUUACUGUGAAAGCCACCUGACGUCUCAGGAAAAAAUUUCAACUAGCCAGUUCUCCAAGCACUCCUGCCUGGUGGUCAACAUGUUGGUGUCCAUCUAGUCCCCUCCACUGCCACCCUUUCCCUCUCUAUGACUGUCCCAAGGAGUCAGUCACUAAGACAGACAGGCAGUAAUUUUAGAACUCUAAACAACAACCAAAGAUGCGCCACAGCCAAGCUCUGCUGACCAAAUCUGAUGUCCUGUUUGGCUCUACUCGGGACAGAGACAGCAAUUGCACUGCUCUUAUAAGUGGUCUGGCUAGAAUUGUGCCGGAAUUCAGCAAAAUUCCUUUUGUUCUUUCUUUCAAGGAGUCAACCAAAAUAUGAUUUGGAGAGGUGGAAAGAGGCAUGAGGAGAAAAGUUGAGGGUUGGCAGAAGGCUCUGGAAAGCUCUCUGGAAACCAGGGGCUCACUUUUGGGUUCACUCGUGUGCCCAACCAGGUAAAAAGGGCUCAGGUCAUUUCUGGGCUGCAGCCUUAAAGGCUUGGCCAGUGGAGUCAGCUUUGAAUCUCAGUGACCGUGUUGGGGUGCAGGCUUGGCCUGGUGUGCUUUCUGGAGGAUGACCAGUUUGCCACAGAGUCCCUGGUGCCACUGAUAAGUUAGCUGCCCACCCCAGGAAGCAGCAUGCUGUGGCUGCUCCAGCACCACCAGCUAAGGGGGCUGUCUUCAGUCCCCCUACAUUUAGCCAGAAGCGUCGAUAUUCCUCCCUGUCUUAUCUUCCUCUAGCUUCAAGAAUAUGGGAGUUAGUGCAAGAACCAUUAGAAAGGGAAGUUAGGAGCCAGUGUGCUAGAAGAUUUGAACCUCAGCCCCCAAGUGGGUACAGAGCCUCCCUUAUGAACCCCCUACUUGUGUGCUGUGUUUACAUCUUACGCCUUAUGUGAAGCUAAGCCCAGGCCGAACUCUUGCUGGCCUUGGUGCUCCAAAGGCUCAGUGGACGGACAGACUGGCUCUCUGCAUCUGCAGCCCUGCACCUCCAGGUUUUCAUGAAUGUGGAUUUCUGUCUGUAGCUAAAAUCAAGACAACACAUUGGAUCUUGAAAAUAGGAGUGAGCUGAGGGCCCUGGGGGUGGGGACGACAAAGUCAAGAAUAAAGUCUUUAAAGUGUGUCUACUUGAUACUUGCAGCUUGACCUUCCUGGAUUGUGGAGGAGUUCAGCCAGUUCCUUUAGUCUCCAUCUCCAAAAAAACAUGGUUGCCAGGAAAAGCCCUCCAGAGUCUGCCAUGGAUGCCCUCCCUGGGGCGGGAAAGGUCAUUUGGGGCAGAGUUCAUGCCUGGGCCCUCAGCAGGCACCAGGCAAAGCAGACAUUCCAUAUGAAUUCUCUCUUCAACUCCUCACAAAGCCCCAGGGUAGAUAUAUUUUUUAUCCACAAUGUAUAUAUGAGGAAAGGAACUUAGAGAAGAUAAUUGCCCAAGUUCACACAGCCAGAGAGAUUUGAAGUUGACAUCUGAUUCUAAGCCCACAGUCUUAACCACCAGGCAGUGUGUCUCCCCAAAAGACUAACCUUACACUUUCCUGCAUAGUCUGACACUACUUGAUUUUCUUGAGAUCUGUGAUAUCUCUCCAUCUGAUAUAAGACUAGCUCCUUAACUGUUUAUCCUUUGUACCUAGUA